AUGGAGGAGCGGCUGCAGGAGGUGAGCCGCGCUCUGAGUGCAGCGACACAGACGGCGGCGCUCCUUCCUGAUGCGACGGACCUGGACUUCCACAGUUCCAUUGACCCGUCAUUCAAGCGCGCCUUGGGCCGUGUGUCGGAGGGCCUCGGUGCGCUGAUCCAUGGCAUGAGCGGGUGGAUUGAGGCGCCCAUCGGCGAUGCGUCGGUCGACGAUGUGCUCCAGCCGAGUCGGUUCUCUGCGGCGGUCGGCGACGCCAUUGACCGUCUUCUCGAGCAGACGGACAUAUAUCUGGAUGAGUAUGCGGGGCGGCGGCCCGUGGCGGCCCCUGCGGCGGACGCAGCAAGUGCCUCCAUUCCCGCCAAGGGCAAGCUUCCGCGGCACCUUUUGCAAGCCAACAUACCGCGUCCGCAGGACAAGUUCACGACGCGCCCAGACAAUCGCGCUGAUACGCCAUGGAGUAGGCCCUUGCGGCGUGGCAAGCCGAAUGCGCAAGUGCCGCUGGGCUACCGCGAUCCAGCGUGGGACAUUACGGAGUCGUCGCGCGUGGUCGGGCAGUACGGCGUCGAGGGAGAUGCGCGGCUGAACCCGUACUAUGUUGAGAUCCAACAGACGCCGCCGCCGCUGCAUUCGCUGCGGCCGCCGGAGCCUGAGGCGCCGAGGCCCCUGGAGAUGGACAUGCCUGACUCGAGCGCUCCGUGUCCGUUUGUGUGGGUGGACAGCCUUGAGAAGCUUGAAGCGCUCGCGGCGCAUUUGGAGGAGGAGCGUGUGCAGGAGAUUGCCGUGGACUUGGAACACCACAGCCUGCGCUCCUAUGCCGGAAUGGUCUCCCUGGCGCAGAUCAGCACGCGAUGGGGCGACUGGAUUGUGGAUACGCUCGUGGAUGAGGUGCGGGAGAAUAUGGAAAUGCUCAAUACAUCGUUUACGCACCCGUCCAAGGUGCUCGUGCUGCAUGGUGCAGACCAUGAUGUGCUGUGGCUGCAGCGCGAUCUGGGCCUCUAUGUGACGAACCUCUUUGAUACGUUCCACGCCUCGAAGCUGCUGCAGUUUGGCGCAAAUAGCCUGGCAUACCUGCUGCUGCGGUACCUGGAUUUUGAGGCCGACAAGCGGUUCCAGACGGCCGACUGGCGGAUUAGGCCGCUUCCAAACGAGAUGCUGUUCUAUGCGCGCAGCGAUACACAUUCGCUCUUGUACGUGUACGAUCGCUUGCGCGAGGAGCUGCUUGCGCAUGGCGGACCAGUCUCCGUGAAGGAGGUCUUUGAGCGCAGCAAGGGCACGGCCUCCAAAGUGUACGCAAAAGAGGCGUGGGACCCCGUCGGCGAUUCCCGCUCGGGCUGGCGCACGCUGUGGCUCAAGAUGGGCGGCGACCUUGCGCGUGCAUCGCAGGAUGCGCUCCCUGGCACGCCAAUGGGACGCGAGGAGCGACUGGUGCGCCGGCUGCAUCAGUGGCGCGAUGCGGUGGCGCGCGAGGAAGACGAGAGUCCACACUAUGUCAUGCCCCCGCAGGUUCUCGUCAGCCUGGCUUUUCGGCCGCCAUCGACCGUACAGGAGGCCGCAGCGCGCAUUCCCAAGAACUUGGCGGUGGCACAGCGCCGCUUGGACGGGCUGGUCCAGGUGGUGGCCGAUGAGCAGGCGGCGUACCAGUCGGAAGCGCAGGAGCGCGUGCAGAGUGCUGGCGGCGAUGCAUGGGACGUGGAUGAGGAGGAUGUGGGCGAAAUCGUGCAGGAGAUACGGCCGUCUACGCCGGCGCCGGCCGAGGCGCCCAAGGCGGUCCAGCAGGGCCGCCUAGACACGGAGUCGUCGCUUGCGGAUGUGCGCGUGUGGGAGCAGCCGGCUCCAGAGGCCGUGCAUGACGGAGCGCGGCUCUUCCGCGGCCUGAAGACGUCGGCGGCUGAGGCGACCAAGCCCGCGAAGAAGCGCCAGUCGCUCUUUGCGAAGGCUAAGCCCGAAGAGAAGCCCGUCGAAAGUACGCUGCAGCGCAUCCGUGCCGAAUGCGUCCAGUGGCUGGGUGGCCUGUUUGGCCAAACGGUGGGCGUCCCCGCGUCCAAGCCGGAAGCGACCGAGCCCGUCGAGGUCGCGGCGAAUCCGGCCUGGGAGGCGCCGAGCACGAGUCAGACGACGAAGCGCAAGGCUAGUCCAGAGCUAGAGGCGACGCCUGCGAAUGACGACGACGAUGUCGACGCCAUCGUGCCCGUGGCCAAGCACCCUAAGAGCCAGCCAGGUCUGCAAGCGCGGAAAGAGUCUGCUGCGGCGUCGGUGCCAGAGUUUGACUAUGGCAAUGCCGCGUCCAUGCUGACGGCGCCGCGUGCGCCGCCUGGAAGAUCGCUGCUGCGUGCAGCCGGCAGCACGUCGGCGAAAGGGAGCAAGGCGCCGAAGCAAAAGUCGAAUGCCCGCAGUGGCAACCGCAGCGGGACAUUUGGGGGCCGCCGAGCGGGGCCGCGGUAA